AUGGGCCGUCGACGCUCCGCCCCGCCCCCCCGAAGCGCCCCGCGCGGGUUCGGCGGCGCCCCGCCCCCCCAACGCACCGCGAGAUCUAACGAACCGUCCCUCAGCGGUGGUUUAAUGGGCACGUUGGCCCAAGGCGUCUCGUGGGGCAUGGGCUCGAGCCUGGGCCGCGCCGCCUUCGGGACCAUGUUCGGCUCGAGCGGCGGCGGCCAGGGCGCGGUCGAGGGCGAAUCCACGUCAUCCGCGUGCGCGAGCGCGUCGAGGGCGUUUGAACGAUGCGUCGCGGACGCCGGAGACGACGUGGCGCGGUGCGAGAAGUUUGCCGAGCUGGUUUUGAGCUGCAAGCGAAACGGCGCGUAA